AUGACACCCAACAUCAGACGCCGUGACUUUCUUGCGUUCUUCGGGCUCAUUGUUUGCACCCCUUCCAUGUCUGCAGCGAAGGGAGCUGUGGCGCGCAAGUUUGGACAAUCUGACGGCUUCCUCUUCCUCGUCUUCUGUGUUUCUCGCUCCGCUGCCCUUGGCGUUUGUUGCGGUGGGUUUUUCUCUGAGUCAGUGUGCAGAAUGGCGGAGCAUGGGACAGCCGAAAUACUUCACACUUUUUUUCACUCGAGGGAUGAGAAUGUGGGGGCGUUUCUUUGCAGUUUUUUGGAGCUCUCGGCCGCGGAGCGCGCUUUGCUGGUUUUGGGCGAGUCGCAGCAACGCGAGCGGGGCAGCGCCGCGCCGCAGUCGCAUGCGGACGCCGAGAUGUUUACGGCGAUAGUUCAGGCCCUCCGCGCCGAGGCACAAAAUGAAAAGGAGAGGAAUGCCGCAGUUGGUAGCAGCCUGGAGGAUGUCGGCGCGACAAUGCAGCCGUGUGCGACGUUGACGCGUGUGGAUGACGUGGAGUUGGAGGAAGUAGAACUGGAGGAGUCUACGGCCCUCAAAACAUCCGCGAUUACAGCCUUUCUGAAUUACGGUUUCCUGGGCCUUGUGCCAGACGUCGACAACUUUUUUGGCGGAGAGGCUGAAGGUGGAAGUCCAGCUGCCAAGCCGCCGCUGCUGGAGGAGACGGCCACGCCGUGGCCAGUGGAAGCGACAGGGCCCGGUGAGACAAUGCCUGCAGAAGGGGAAAAGAGGGAGAAACUUCUUCUCUCUCUUGAGGAGACUGCUCCUGCUGCGGGUGAACUGGGAGCCGGUCCAGAGGUAUUGGAUGCGGCGGGCGGUGCUGAUGACGACGAUGAUGGGAGUUGGGGUGACAUUGAGCUGCCAGGGCUCGCGGUGAGUCCCACACCGCAGGAGUUUUCCCCAGAUGCCCCGCGGUGUAAUGUUGUUCUCUCCGCGGCGGAUCUUGACGUGCUGCGGGACGGCGAUUGCGAGGUGCGGCCAUUUGUGAUGGAUCCGUGCUUUGACUACGACGCCGACCCUGUCGGCAAGGCGGCAAGAACGCACCCGCGCCUGCGUGAGUGA